AUGCUCGCCCAUCCUCUCUCUCCUUCUCUCACGCUCACCCUCCUCCUUCCCCUCCUCGUCGCCGUGUCUGUUGGCGCAGCAGACACACCUUACGACACGGCCACUCCAGCCACGCUUCCCUCCACGCCUGGCACUCCACCUCUCACGACCGGCACUAGCGGUACGCCAUCCCGCGUGGUCUACGCGGACGAAGACCCCCUCGCCUCCCGCCUCGCCUGGCUGCAGGGUCGAGCCGAGCAAUCGCGCGCCGGUGGGGCAUGGCGCUACGUCGAGUCUCCUCUACAUCAUCCUACUGAACUCCCUCCUCCUCAUCUUGACUCAUACUCCCAUACCGACUCCGAUGUCCUCCCCCCUGACUCGUUGAGCAGAGAUUACGGGCUGCAGAAGGGAAAAGGGGCGGUGAGAAAAUGGGAUGAUACCGGUGACGGUAGUCGCACGAAGCCGUUCGGCUUCCCGCCGAGGCGCGAGAGGUCGAGGGUCAACGAGGCUCCUCUUCAUUCGAGCGUACACGAUUGGUCGCCUCCGCCCUCAGCCCCUCCACUUCCCGUGUACUUGGACCAAGAUCGUAUCCGACCGGGCAGUCCCACGAGAUGGGCGCUCGACCAAGCUGCGGAGCGACUGGAGGCGCUGGCUCGUCACCGAGGCUCGCCGUCCUCUUCGCCUUCUAGCCAUGAUCGCUUAUCGCCAGGAACGUCUCUGAACGAGUGGCGAGACGUCCGCACUCCUCCCUCACCUCGUACGCCACACACUCCCGAGCCAGCCCGUUGGAUCGCGCCCUACCGCCAGUGGUCCGUCCGAGCGUCGCUCCCGAGCAUCAAUCUGCACGGCGUGACCCGGCUGUCGGACCGUUACCCCGCCGACCACGUCCAUUUCUCCACCGCUCGCACGGCGCUUUCCUCGCACGAAUGGACCGCUCAGCUGUCCACUCGAAUUCAGUGGGCAGCGUCGCAUCGGGUGGACGCUUCCCGUCCCGCCCGCGUCGUCACUCCCUUCGGCGCGCUCAUGGGCGGCGAGAUCUCCACUGCCUCACCGUCCUUUCUCUACGACGCAAAAGACCCUCCGCCUCCGCUCGAGAGCGUCGCGCUGACGGGAACCCAGAAGCGCGUCAACGCUUGGAAGCAGUUGGCCGGCAUGCUCCCGCCCGCGCUGACCGGCCACUCGCGUGACGUGUAUGAAGCUCAUCGCCGGGGUGCUUACAGAAACGUCGAGAGGGGGACGCACGACGCACUGCAUCCCAUACAGUACCUAGGCCAGAUGCUGAGGGAUCGGAACGGCGCUGUUGUCCUCGAAAAUGCUAUCCACGACGAACUUCAGAGUCAAAAGGUGCCCCCCGAGGCACUUGCCCACCUGCAGAACAGGGGGAAAGGGGGACCGGAGGAUCUGUUGGGCACAGAGUACGCAACAUACAACAAGUUUUGGUAUCCAUACUAUCACAGUAAGCCUGCGUUCAGGAUCAAGAACCCGCUCGAUACGCCCCUGGAGCACUUUGCGGCUUUCGCACCGUUUGCCGAUGCCGUCGCGCUCAAGAAGGUCUGA